CCAGGCGGCUGUGCUGCUGCUGCUAGCGAGCGGGCGGCGGCGGCGGCGGCGGCGGCGGCUGCGACGAAGCCUGAAGCGGCGACGGCGGCGGGCGCAGGCGCUGCCCUCGGGGAGCAGCAGCGCGGUCCGCGGCCGCUCGCACCGCUGCAGACGGGUCGGCCGGGCGCGGAGCGGAGCUGCUGCGCCACGGGUGGCAUUGUGUGUCCCGGAGUGCCCGAGCAAGCCCGGGAGAGCGGCGAGGCCGAGCCCAGAGCGCUGGGCGGCUUCGGCAGGGAAGACUCCUUCCCUCGGCUUCAGGCUGCUGAGCCCUGAGCAGCGCUCAGAAUGGAAGCCAUCGCCAAAUAUGACUUCAAAGCUACUGCUGACGAUGAGCUGAGCUUCAAGAGGGGGGACAUCCUCAAGGUUUUGAAUGAAGAAUGUGAUCAGAACUGGUACAAGGCAGAGCUCAACGGGAAAGAUGGCUUCAUUCCCAAGAAUUACAUAGAAAUGAAACCACAUCCGUGGUUUUUUGGCAAAAUCCCCAGAGCCAAGGCAGAAGAAAUGCUUAGCAAACAGCGGCAUGACGGGGCCUUUCUCAUCCGAGAGAGUGAGAGUGCCCCCGGGGACUUCUCCCUCUCUGUCAAGUUUGGAAAUGAUGUGCAGCACUUCAAGGUGCUCCGAGAUGGAGCCGGGAAGUAUUUCCUCUGGGUGGUGAAAUUCAAUUCUCUGAACGAGCUGGUCGAUUAUCACAGAUCUACAUCUGUCUCCAGAAACCAGCAGAUAUUCCUCCGGGACAUAGAACAGGUGCCACAGCAACCGACGUACGUCCAGGCCCUCUUUGACUUUGAUCCCCAGGAGGAUGGAGAGCUGGGAUUCCGUCGGGGAGACUUUAUCCACGUCAUGGAUAACUCAGACCCCAACUGGUGGAAAGGGGCCUGCCAUGGGCAAACCGGCAUGUUUCCCCGCAAUUACGUCACCCCUGUGAACCGGAACGUCUAAGAAUCAAAGAAGAGAUUAUUUAAAGAAAGUGAAAAAUUUAAAACACAUACAAAAGAAUUAAACCCCCGAGCUGCCUUAACAGCAGCCCAUGAGGGGAGCUCAGAACACCUGGCUGGGUCACCUGGUGACCCUCUCACUUUGGUUGGAACUUUGGGGGGGUGGGGGGGGCAUUGGAUAUAAAAAUGCCAAAACUUACCUAUAAAUUAAGAAAAGAGUUUUUAUUACAAAUUUUCACCGCUGCUCCUGUUUCUCCUUUGUCCUCUUUUUCAUCCCUCUCCUCUUCUGUCCAUCAGUGCAUGACGUCUAAUGCCACAUAUAGUCCUAGCUGAUGCCAAUAAUAAAAGAAAAGAAACCAAGUGGGCUGGUAUUUUCUCUAUGCAAAAUGUCUGUUGUAGUUGGAGUGACUGAAGGAAGGACAGCCGUGGCUGUGUUCCUCGUGCACACAGAGGAGAGGGCGGCUGGGCCGCGGCCCUCACUGGUCAGUGUCUGCCAGGCGUGGGGGGGCAGCCCCCGGCCGCAGGCAUCUUGUGACAAAGCUGGAAGUGGAGCGGGGGCAAGAGGAAGGACUGUUACCCCUCAUGGCUUCCUGAGAAAAGUCGAACUAAAAACCUUUGUCUCUUUUCUACAUUGUUUUCCUUUCCAAAUGGUAUUAUUGAGCAUGUUGAUUUUUCAUAGUGCCUUUUUCCUUAUUUCAAGAGUUGCUUAUGAGUGGUGUUUUUUUUAUUUGUUUUAAAAUAAGUUAAAGACAGUCCAGAGCUUUCCAGCCAGUUUGUCUCCUGCUCUGUGUAAAUAGUCCUCUCUGGGGGUGGGGGGAGCCGGGCUCCGGGCAGAGGAGCGGCUGCUACAGGCACAGGUGGAGGGUGCGGGAGGUCCGCCUCUUCUCAGCCAUGAGUCUUUAAGGUUCAGCUUUAAUAUUUGUCAGCCCUCUGGAGUCUGCUGUGGCUGCCCCAGGGGUGCAGAGCCCCCAUCUGCUGGGGAGGAAGGAGAAGUUCCAGCUCUUCCCACCUUGGACUGGAUCUGGCUGCAGGGGGGUGGUCAGAGUCCUUGACCUUGUGAUCCCAGCUGUUGUCUGCCCCUCCUCAGCUCCAGAGCCCCCCAGAGAAAAAAUCCCUGGAGCCAGCAAGUUUCAAACAGGAAACCCAAGGAAUUUAGACUGUCGCUCUGUGACUGUAUCAGGUUAUACCGUGUUCCAACACUGGGGUGGAAAAUGAGAGCUUUCGUUUUUCUUGCUCUGAAAGUUAGAGGUAUCUGUCCAUGGCUUUCAUCUUGUGUCGCCUGCCUGACCUGCCCAGGUGAGCACUAGGGCAGCAUUCAAGAAGCAGCUGGGUUUCUGUGUCUCUGUUCCCAGUGGGCUGUGUUUCUAGCUGCUCCACCCUUCCCCCCAAGGAAAUGUGUCCGUGAAGCAGGAACAGUUGGGGAAGAACAAGUGGGAAAUGUAGGAAGGCCGAGGACAUUGCAGAGCUCUCUCUGUCUGCCCUGUCAGCUGCUUGUCCCUCGUAGUGAUGUGCCUGUGAACUUUCUCCACCCAAUCCCCUGCCCGCAACAGAAACGGGGCUGCCCAGGAGUUGGUGACAGCCUUUGGGUUCUGAAGUGGUCGGUUGGAGUCUCCCCUGGACUCUGGUUAUGGAGCCGGACUCAGCCUGGAGUACUCAGAAGCCCCGGAGGCAGCUGCUCUUCUGGACACAGCAUCUGCCCCCCCCUGCUCCCUUUCUGGUAGCUUCUUUCCUCAGUGAUGAUAAAAGGAAUCUCUGGCAUUCUACACCUGGACCAUUUGAUUGUUUUAUUUUGGAAUUGGUGUAUAUCAUGAAGCCUUGCUAAACUAAGUUUUGUGUGUAUAUAUUUAAAAAAAAAAAUCAGUGUUUAAAUAAAAAGACCUAUGUACUUAAUCCUUUAACUCUGCGGAUAGCAUUUGGUAGGUAGUGAUUAACUGUGAAUAAUAAACAUACAAUGAAUUCUUCA